AUGAAACCAUUUCCUCUAAAGAACAUAGCUCACGAUAAGCGAAUAUUUAAUUACAGGCUCUCAAGAGCUAGAAGGGUGGUGGAAAAUGCAUUCGGAAUUCUAUCCUCUAGAUUUAGAAUAGUUCGUCGUGCUAUUUCCAUAGAUAUAGAUUACGUGAACACAAUUGUCUUAGCUAGUUGUGCAUUACAUAAUUAUUUAUCAAGAAAUAAUAAAAAAUACAUUAAUAUAAUAUCUCUCGAUAUUGAAAAUGAAUCCGAAGCGUCAUUUAAAGUAGCACAAUGGCGUAAAAAGACAACCGUAAGAAACGUAGAAUGGCGUGAAACACAUCCUUUAGUAUCUCUUCGUCCACUUAAAAAUCAGCGCAAUGAGCAAGGAACUGAAGUACGACAAUUAUUUACAAGUUAUUUUAAUAAUGAAGGCGUAGUUUCAUUUCAAGAGCAAAUGUUGUCGGUUGUACCCCAAUAA